UUUUAAUCUUGUAAUUGUAAAUCAUCAGUAGAAUAUUACAUGGAUGUUUUUGAUGCAAAUGCAGAAAUGCAGGCAUAUGACAAUUGUACUCAAUAUUAAUUUCCAGAUUCUGUCACCUGUGUGAGAUGUCUACCUGAGUUUUGGUCAAAUGAAAGAAGAGAUGCCUGUAUAAAGAAGGAAGCACUGUUUCUGUCAUAUGAAGAAAUAAUGGGAGCACUGCUCACUGCAGUAUCUUUAUUUGGGGCAUACAUCACGAUUGGUGUAAUACUUAUUUUCUUCAAAUAUAGGAAAACUCCUAUUGUCAGGGCAAACAACUCUGAACUGAGCUUCCUGCUGCUCUUCUCCUUAAUUCUGUGCUUCCUGUGUUCUCUGACCUUCAUUGGUCAGCCCUCUGAUUGGUCCUGCAUGUUCCGCCAUGUAGCAUUUGGCAUCACCUUUGUCCUCUGUAUCUCUUGUCUUCUGGGAAAAACCAUGGUUGUUUUAAUGGCCUUUCGAGCUACACGUCCAGGUACUAAUGUUAAAAAAUGGUUUGGGCACACACAGCAGAGAGUCUGUGUUACAGCAUUCACUCUUAUACAAGUUAUCAUUUGUAUCAUCUGGUUAACAACUUCUCCUCCUUUUCCGUUUAAGAAUUUUAAGGAAAUUAAAGACAAGAUCACACUGGAGUGUGCCCUAGGCUCAGCUGUAGGCUUUUGGGCUGUGCUUGGUUAUAUAGGACUUCUGGCUAUUUUAUGUUUUAUUUUUGCAUUUUUAGCUCGAAAACUACCUGAUAAUUUCAAUGAGGCCAAGUUUAUCACUUUCAGCAUGCUGAUAUUCUGUGCAGUGUGGAUCACAUUUAUCCCAGCAUAUAUCAGCUCUCCUGGAAAGUUCAGUGUUGCUGUAGAAAUAUUUGCUAUCCUUGCUUCCAGUUUUGGACUGCUAAUUUGCAUCUUCAUACCCAAAUGUUAUAUAAUAUUACUGAAACCAGAGAAUAAUACAAAAAGGAAUAUGAUGGGGAAGAAGGCACCAAAUUCACUUUGAAAAUUGAAUGCAGUAAAAUGUUAUUCACCAAGUGACUGAAGGCUAAAAGUUACUGAUGUAUAUAUAUUUAUUAUGGUUUUUCUUUAUUUAUUUUGUUAUGGUAAACUCUGGAUUUUUUUUUAAUUUAAAUUUGAAUGACAUGGGACUGCAGAUAAAUUCAGAAACCAUAUGUCAUCUGCUCAAUUCUCCCUUCUUUUUUAAGAGGCUGCCAUGUAGAGCCAUAGUUGAAUUGUAGUAUUAAUUGCAGUGUAACUUGAUUAGUAUGUUUUGCUUUCAGAAAUGCUGUUUCUGCAUGAUUCAUAGAGAGCACCUACAUUCAUGAGAUACGUGGCAAAUGAAAUGAGGAAAGUUAACCAUUUCUUCCUUAUAUUAUAUAUGGGAAAAACAAUAAAAGCCAUCUUUUUCUUGGUAUUGGAUCAGAAAACAAAUGCUAUAUGGUACCUUACAUCAUGAUAACUAGCUGUUCUCAUCACGUUAUUUAACCAUUUUAAACACAAAUUACUGUAAACAAAAAAAUAAAUACAAUUUAUUGAUUUACUGUUAACUUCUUGUUUUUCUAUGUUAAUGCCUCAUUUAGACAUAUCAUUGCUGCUCUUGCUGAACAAGAAAAAAUUUAAUUUUACACAAGCCAGAAUUAUCUUUUUUUCACUCUCACAUACUUUCUUCUUUUAGAUACAUGUAUUUUUACUCUUACAUAAUUUUAUGUUAAUUUUUAUAUUUGCACAUUUUCAUUCUCAUAUGUAUACAUUUUAACAUGGAUGUACACUGUAAUGUAUAAGACAGCAGAGAGAGAACCUGGGGGAUGCCCAUAUUGUUGCUGGGGACUUUAAUAAGGUAUGUUUUAAAUCUGUACUCUCCAAAACAGCCCUCUCUCACCUGAGACAAUCUGACCACCUCUCUCCGGUCCUCAUCCCUGCCUACAUCCCCCAAAGGGAGCAUAGUUCUCCAAGCACCCAGGUCAUUAAGACAUGGCCAGAUGAUGCUGUCCUCCAGCUACAGGACUGUUUUGAUCUGACAGACUGGUCCAUCUUUGAACAGCAGGACAUGGAGACCUUCACUAAGUCUGUCAAUGGAAGAUGCCAUCACCCUUCACAGAGCCCUGAGCCCUUUGGAGAACAGGAAGAGCUACAUGAAGAUGCUCUUCGUGGACUACAGCUCAGCAUUCCACACCACAAUCCCAGACAUCCUCACCACCAGACUGUACCACCUUCAGAAGACUUUCUAAUCAGCCGGCCUCAAUCAGUCUGACUCCUCACCCCCUGUCACUCAGCACCGGAUCUCCAUAUUGCUGUAUUCACAGCCCCCUACUUUAUGCCCUGUACACAUUUGACUGUACACCAACCCACGCAGCCAGGGUCAUUGUCAAGUAUGCCCACAGUGGUUGGGUUCAUCUCUCAUGGAGAUGAGACAGCGUACAGGUCGGAGGUAGAAAAUCGGUCCUGCUGGUGUUUAGAAAAUAACUUGAAGCCAGAUGCCUUUAAAACAGAAGAACUCAUAAUGGAGUUCAUGAGGCACAGACAGUCCACUUCUCUCUUAUACUUAAUGGAGAACGGGUGGAAUCUGUCUCCAUCUUCAGGUUUCUGGGCAACCACAUCUCUGCUGAUCUCACCUGGACCCACAACAUAAACGCCCUUGUAAUGAAGACCCAACAGUGGUUGCACUUCCUCGGAGUCCGGAGGAAGAAAACCUGGACCAGAAGCUGCUGCUUGAUUGUAUAUCUCCUGUUAUUAUUUAUUUCUGCUGUCUUGCUAUUUAUAUUUUAUUCUUGCAUAUUUGGCAUGG